AAGCCUCUUCCAUGCAUGCAAUUAGCCCCCCCACGCACGCAAAGAUAAAAAGCCAACAAUCAUUCAUCUCCCCAAAAAGCUACCCUCCAUUUUCCCCCAAAGUUUUCAGAGCCAUUCAACAGCUCUUCUAUUAAAGCACACUAAAACGCCUCACGCCAAUACACAAAAAAGCACUUUCUUGUUAGUUUCAUAUACUCUUUUUGAGACUUUGGAUACGGUUAACAACAAUUCUCUCCUUUUUACAGAGAAAUGAAAGUGCCCUUUUCCACUAAUGACAACGUAAGUUCUAAGCCAUUGAUUAGCAGCAACAAUAAUCUCCGGAACAACGUUACUUUUCCGGCCGCUACCAACGGCUCUAAUUUGUGCUACGAACCUAAAUCAGUCCUCGAGCUCCGUCGUAGCCCAAGCCCUAUAGUCGAUAAGCAGAUUAUAACAACGAAUCCUGAUUUGUCUGCUCUUUGUGGCGGCGGUGAAGAUCCUCUUCAAUUAGGAGAUCAUGUUCUGACUAACUUUGAAGAUUGGGAUUCUUUGAUGAGAGAACUUGGCUUGCACGACGAUUCUGCUUCGCUUUCAAAAACUAAUCCUCAACUCAGUCUCACCCAGAGCGAGUCGCUGACUCAGUUCCAUAAUCUCUCCGAGUUUUCAGCUGACUCCACUCAGUUUGCUAAUCCUGAUUUUUCUUUCUCCGAGAGUGCUUUUCCUCAGCAGUUCCCGGCGGUCAAUCAGGGAAGUUUCAUCAACGCCCUUGAUCUCUCCGGUGAUAUCCACCAGAAUUGGAACGUAGGAUUUGAUUACGUGGAUGAACUCAUCCGUUUUGCCGAGUGUUUCGAAACCAACGCUUUCCAACUCGCACAUGUGAUACUGGCACGGCUCAAUCAACGGCUCAGAUCCGCCGCCGGAAAACCUCUCCAACGAGCUGCCUUUUACUUCAAGGAAGCACUUCAAGCCCAGCUCGCCGGAUCAGCUCGGCAAACUCGUCCUUCGAGUUCCUCUGACGUGAUUCAAACUAUUAAAUCUUACAAAAUAUUCUCAAAUAUUUCUCCGAUCCCUAUGUUCUCUAGCUUCACGGCGAAUCAGGCCGUGCUUGAGGCAGUUGACGGCUCGAUGCUAGUCCACGUCAUCGAUUUCGACAUCGGACUUGGUGGUCACUGGGCUUCCUUCAUGAAAGAGUUAGCCGAUAAAGCCGAGUGCCGUAAAGCCAACGCGCCGGUUCUUCGAAUUACGGCUCUAGUUCCUGAAGAAUACGCUGUGGAAUCAAGGUUAAUUAGAGAAAAUUUAACCCAAUUUGCUCGUGAACUCAAUAUCGGUUUCGAAAUUGAUUUUGUUCUAAUUCGCACAUUCGAAUUGUUAUCCUUCAAAGCGAUAAAGUUCAUGGAGGGAGAGAAGACAGCGGUGCUUUUAUCUCCCGCUAUCUUCCGACGGGUCGGGUCAGGGUUUGUUAACGACCUCCGUCGUAUAUCCCCUAACGUGGUGGUACACGUGGACAGCGAAGGACUUAUGGGUUACGGUGCGAUGUCUUUCCGGCAGACAGUGAUCGACGGGCUGGAAUUUUACUCUACACUACUGGAAUCACUGGAGGCAGCAAAUAUCGGUGGUGGAAAUUGCGGGGAUUGGAUGAGGAAAAUAGAGAAUUUCGUGCUGUUCCCUAAGAUAGUUGAUAUGAUCGGAGCAGUAGGGCGGCGUGGAGGUGGAGGAUCGUGGAAGGAUGCGAUGAUGGGUGCCGGAUUUCGGCCGGUGGGAUUAAGCCAGUUUGCGGAUUUUCAAGCAGAUUGUUUAUUGGGUAGGGUACAGGUAAGAGGAUUCCACGUGGCAAAGAGACAAGCAGAGAUGUUGCUUUGCUGGCAUGAUAGGGCCCUAGUAGCCACGUCAGCUUGGAGGUGUUAAUAAUAAUAAUAAAACUAACCCUAAACUAUAGUUUUAAUUUAAUAAUAGCAGUGAUUUGGAUCUUUAGCUGUAUGGUUUCAGUUUUAGGGGUUGGGUUUAGCAUAUAUAACAAUAGAUUAAGAAAAAGAAAAAAAACUCAAAAGAAAGUUGCAUGGUCUUUUUUUUUCUUUAUCCAAUUGUAUUGGUAACUAUCUAUCUUUUGUAAUUUUGUAGCUUAAUUUGGAGUCUUUAAGGUUGAUGUCUCUAAUUAGUGGAUAAUUGCAAUUUGUAACUCAUUCACUAUUUAAUUUGAAAGGAUACAUAGCCAUUUUCAGUUAAA